AUGGCUCUAAUGAUCCAAUCUCGCACUCCCGUUAAACCUCUCGAGCGCGCGCGCGACUCUACAUGGCCUGUUGUUGUUCAAAGUCCCUUCUUCCUCCACCUCCUCUUCUUCUGCGCCUUCUCGAAGACGAAGGAGAAGAAGAAGAAGCAAAGCACUGUGUUCCCCCCAUCUCCAAAGCGCCUCUCAUUGGAGUUGUCGCGCGACAGUUUGUCUUUGUUCUUCGUCCCCCUUGCAGUUUUUUUUGUGUGUGUGUUCGGUCGCCAAUCUCUUCAAGAAAACAUUUACUCUCUCUCUGCUCGAAGGCGAGGCGGGCUUUUUGUUUUAAUCUUUUUUUUUUUGGGUUUUACUGAUUACAUUGUGCGUCGAUGAUGGUAAAUUUGUGAGUCAUGAAGCGGCGAGGAGUCGCGGAAUCUUGCGGAUCCGAUGACUUUCCACUUUUUUUUUGGGUUUUUGCGGUUUUGGUGACAAAAAAAAUUUUUUUUUUGAAAAUCAAAAAUUUUUUAUCCUCAAAUUUUAAGAUUUUUUGUGUCUGCACUGUGCGAAAAAAGUCAGCCCAAAAAAGCCUAUUGCACGGUGCAAAAAUCAAGAAAUUGCACAGUGCAAAGGGAACUUUUGUUUUCGCACAGUGCAUGUCGCUGAAAUCACUCCAGCGACUUUUUGGGAAGACUACAGUGCCGUUGGCAGAAAAGAGGGAGUUUUUGGAGGCAUUUUGCCACAUUUUUUGAUACUUCCCGGAUGCAAAAUGAUCGUUUUUUUGGCACUCGUCCGUCAGUGUGGUACUUGGCGCAAAUUAUCUGUUUGUCGGGAAAAUAACGACUUUUUUUUUGAAUUUUUUUUGAAGGGUAUCCUUUUUCUACCGUAGAAGAAUAUUUCCACAAAAAAUCAACUUUUUUCCCGUGAAGCUGGCAAAGAUAUGGCCAAAAAUUGUUUUUUUUCUCUGGCCGCCCUUCGAUUUUUGCGUACUUUUUCAAGAUCGUUGAAUAUCUCGGCUCUCCCUGCAAAGCGCGAGCCAAAACUUUCAGCAAUCGAUACGUGUUCUAUGCCUAUAGUGUGUGCGAAAUUUAGAGAAAAUAUGAACGUCGCGCUUGUAACACUUGCCAUAUAAAAAAUCAAUGUUCUGCGAUGAAAAAUCAAAAAUUUUCAUCGGGACAACCUAAAGCGCCAGCGGGAAAAUUGUCAUUUUUUGAAUUUUUGGGCUAUAUCAGAGAAUUUAUAAAAAAAUUUUUAUCAACUUCAAGUAAAUUUUCAUGUUUUCAACGGGAUUUUUCACUGUUUUCGAGAGCUGCGUUUAGGCUUCUGAUGAUUUGUUGACGGAUUUUUCGAGUUGUGCCUCUCGAUUUUUUUCGUAUUUUGAUCUCAUUUGCUGUCGUCAUCAGAUAGAGAGAAGCUCGAAAAAAAAUAUCCGCGAAUUUUUCGUUUUUCGUAAAAAAAAAAAAAUUCAAUUUUCAAUUUCUUUUUUAUUUUUCUUUUUUCCAAUUUUUACUUGAGAUAUUCUCAGAAUCAAAAAAAAAUAUCAUUUUUUAUCUCCAGUAAUCUUGUUCCCGCUUACUGUAACGUCUCUGCGAUUGUUAUUCCUGGACGUAUUUACCCCCGCGGCGGGCUGAUGAAACUUCCCUCAGCGUCGGGAGAAGGGGUUUAUUACUUUUUGUUCGGGUUCAGUCAUCUCGUUGACAUCACGCAAAUUUCACUUUUCAAUCUUCACGUUCGCGCAGACUGGUUUUAUUUUUGGGAUUUUUUGGGAAAGGAUUUUUAGAAAUUUUAUAUCACAAAUAAAAAUUUUUUGAUGUAUUUUUUGAUUAUUGACACCACAAAGUUUUGUACGAGCCACAAGAUUUCGUUUUCUUGCACUUUUACCCAUGAUAUUUUUGCAUAUUGUACUUGCCCUUGGUGACAUGCGAUUCCGAAAGUUGGAAUAUUCCUAUAUUUUUUUGUGUGUUUUACAUUUAUCGGCUUGUAUUAUUGUUUUUGAGGGUAUUACAUAUCUUCUAUUCAAUGGUUUCAUGCGGAGACAUUUUAUACGAUCAAACAUGUUUCAUCGUAUAAAAUGUCUCUGAAGUAAACACAAUGUUUUUGGGAGUGGUUGUAUGGCCCAUUGCUCUUGAUUUUUUUGGAAAAUUAACAAUUUGGCGCAGAGACAUUUUAUACGAUCAAACAUGUUUCAUCGUAUAAAAUGUCUCUGAAGUAAACACAAUGUUUUUGGGAGUGGUUGUAUGGCCCAUUGCUUUUGAUUUUUUUUUUGAAAAAUUAACAAUUUGGCGCGGAGACAUUUUAUACGAUCAAACAUGUUUCAUCGUAUAAAAUGUCUCCAACAUAGAUUUAAUAUUUUUAAGGUUUAAAUAUGGAGUUAUUGAUAAUAUUUGAAGUUCAAACGCUCAAAAAAAUCGUUUGAGAGAAAAUUCGAUUGUUUCUGCAAAGCGCGGUUUUUUAUUUUUCGUGAAUUUCUCGAUUAAAAGAAUUUUUUAAAAUUAUAUUCCAUUUUUCCAGACCUCUCCGCAGCCCCACCGCGAGAGCAAAGCGCCCGGCCCCGACGAAAAUCGCAACCAAAACAGCGGCGCGACUGCACGGUGCAGUUGCACCAUGAAAUUCCCGUACGACACGUCGAAUUCGGUGAUCACGGCGGCCAACACGGUCACGCAGUUCCAGUUGGAUUCGAAUUCGGUGAUCAAAACCGCCCCCUCCCGCAAUGCGCAGCACUUCAUCACCAAGGAGGAGGCGCUGGACUUGGCGCCGUUGAGCGGCGAUGCUGGAAUUCAGGUAGGCUAAAAGUUUUGGCCAUUUUUUGAGGGCAAAUCGAGAUUUUUUGAAUUUUUUUGUCUUUGGUCAGUCAAUCUAGCGUCUGGAAUUUCUGUAGCAAGUCUUAAAGGUCGUCUUUUACAUCUUAAAAUAGUAUAAAAAUCAGAGGCAAGUGUAAUAUAAUUUUUUUUUUCAAAAAUAGAAAACUGUUUUUUAAGGCAUCCCAAAAUUUUUUUUUUCACAUUUUAACGAGAUUUGUUGCUGAUUUUAACUAAAAUUUUCUAAAAAAUUCGAGAUUUUUGGCAUACUUUUUUACAAAAAAUCCAAAAAAAUUUUGCGAUUUUCAAACUCAAAAAUUGGCAUUCUGCACCAACUACUGAGUACAAUAUUUCUACUAAAAAUUAAUUUUUUCCACGAAAAAGUCGCUAAGAUAUCGACUAAAAACUUUAUCGCCGUCUCUCCUCAUUUUCCAUAGUCUCUCGGCCACAAAGAUCGACGAGUAUCUCGGCUCGCUGAACCGUUUCAGCUGAAAUUUUCAGUGAUCACUUUAUGGACAUUACGAAUUGUCUUUGCCAAUUUUCAGGGAGAUCUGAGGGUGUCCCUUUGAGAAAUUUCAUUUUUUUAUUAUUUUAGGGGGUCAAGCUUGGAAAUUUUGAUUUUUUCGUUUUUUUGGUAUUUUACACUCAAUUUUUCGGUGCCAAAAUCGCUUCAAUAUCAGAGUCAAGGUAUCUUCGAUCUUUUCAAAAGGCUUUUUGGAUCCUUUUGGAUACUUUUUGAGUGAUUUUUCCAAGUUUUUUCCAAAAAAUUUUUGAUUUUUUCACUUUCUCUCCGACUACCGUAUUCCCUUGCAAAAACGCACCACUUUCACCGCCGAAUAACAGCAUUUAUUUUUGGGUCUAUUUGCGCACCAUUCUUGGACCUUUUGUCCUCGGGGUCAAGUGGGCGAAACAAUGCGAGACUUUCCAUUCCGGGAAUGUUUAUUCUUCAUGAUCUGGACGUGAAGCCUUGUGUUUCAUUGUCUAUUUUCGAAAGCGCACCUUUGUUCGCCGCCGGUAAUUGGGUCAGGGGAACAGCCGACGCUUGUAAAAAACGCAAAAAUCAAGGUCAAAGUCGCUGGGGAAAAAAAGUGUGACGAAAGUAGAGUCGCGAUUUGAGGAGCCCAAUUACGCGUGAGGGCUUCGUUGUCAAUAGGUCGAAUUGGAUGAGCAAGGAGACGAAUUUUGGAGCGAAGAAACGAGGGAAAGAGCAAUUUGAAAAAAUGAAAAUCCAAAAAUUACAAAAAAUUGCAAAAAAUCUCUAAUUUCUCGGAUUUAAAAACUUCUUUUUGGCGCUACCUAAUCCUCAACGCUUUUUCAGUCCCAUUGGCCUAUCAAAAAUCAUUUUUUGGCCUUCUGGUUACCUUCAAAGGCCAUGAAAUUCGAUUUUUCCAAGCUUCGCAAGAUGAAAUUUGAGUUUUGAUUUAAAAAUCCGAUUUCUCUGUGGGCUAACUUCAGAUUUCCUUCAAACUUGGCAGUAACAAUCUCAAUGGGCCAUAAACCAAUUGCUGAAAAUUUCAGUUGACCUGUUGCAACGGUCGUUGAGAUAUUCAACAAUCUUUGUCGGCAACGGCCAAAUAGAAGUAGCGGAUUUUUUCGCGCCAAAAAUCGCAAAAAAUUUUAUUCUUUCUGCAUAUUUUAUAUUAAGAUGCCCUUUAGAGUCUUGUAGAUUUAUUUGCUUACUAUUUUUCAUCAUACUUCUCUCAAUUAUGGCUCCAUCUUGCCGCUUAUCCCAUGUUCUCCAUGAAGAAAUUGGUUCGCCAAAAAAAACAUCCAAAACAAUCGUCCCCCGGAUGCAGCGGAAUUCCGUUGAAUGCCCUAAGGCUACGACAAAGCGAAUCGGAUGAUCGAAGGCACUGUCAUCAACGGUGCAAUCGAGCGAAGAGCGCGACGAUGCGUAGACGAACAGAGCGCUCUGGGAACGGUGGCGCGCGGCGAUUUUAAAGGGCUUCCGAAUGACCAAUGGGCAGAAAUUCGCUGGAUAAUCGUUCCAAAGUUCAAUGGAUUAGGGCUGCAUACGCCGCAACCAAGGUGUUCUGUAAAACUGUGAGCUUUGAAGCCGAAAAAAGUUCGAAAACCACCCAAUUUUCGAUCAAGUUCCGACGCAAAAAUCUCGGUAGUCUCGGCAUAGCGCAAGCUGGAAAUCUCACACAUACAAUAGCAAUGCUCGAUCUAUCUUUGUGCCAAAUUUCAUCAAAAUUUGUCUGCUUUUCUUUGAUAACUUCGCCUUCUACUGAAGCCAUCUUUUUUCUAGAAUUUGCCCCAACCUAGGGCCAAAUUUCGAUAGUAGGGUUUUUUCGAUAGUACAAACAACAAAUUUCUUAUUUGUAUUGCUAAUCUUGAGCUCAAUUUUCCCUAAUUUUCAUCAAAAUUACCUUUUUCUUUUGAGAAAUUCCCUUAUCUUACAUAUCAACGGCUUCGCAAUGACCUUUAACCCAACUUUCCUCUUAAAAACUUCAAUAACUUUUGCAUAGCGCGAGCUAAAACUCUCAUCAUCACCUUAGAGUAGUCCGUUGACCGGAACAGACCCUUCGCUAUCCGCUUUUAACAAUUCGUCUUGACUGCCAGAGAAGACAGAGAAAAGACGCGCAAAACGCACUCUCUCGCCCCAAAAACUCCCCAUUUCUUCCCCGACCAACAGCCUUUUCGCAUCUUUUUUUGGCGAAUUGCCAAUGAAUUCACCAAUUUGAUCUGCCUUACCGCUGUCUACAUGUAAUUUCUAUCAAAGUUUGAGCAAAAUUCGAUCGAUUGCUCUUCGAAAAAAUGUGCUGCCGCCAAAACCCCCCAUUUUUUUCUCCCAUUCUUGACACUUUUCUAUUGUUUCGAUUGAUUUGGGAUUAAUUAUUGGCUCGUCCCAUACGGAUUCAUUCGAUUCUCUUGCCUUCUUUCUCUCUCUUAAUGGGAUGAGAAAUAAAGCGAGGAUGGAUCUGUUUGCCGACAUCACAUGCGCAUCGUAAAAAAAACAGACGAGGAGUGUCAUUGGAUCGGCGGCGGCGCAACGAAUUCCUUGAGGCAUAUACGGGGCGAUCUGAGAUCGUAAGAUUUAUCUCUCUGUUUACAGCCGACUUGACAAUGCGAUCUUUACGGACUCGGGUUUUGAGGCCGUUGAACCCUCAAAACUCGCUUCAAUUUUGGGUUAUAUUACAAUUGAGGGGAGCAAAUUUGAAUUGUCCGAAAAUCAAUUCGAAACUCGACAAAUCUUGGCCAUAUUUGGCUUGAUCAUGAACAAGAAGGUUAGCAGCAAGAUACAUCAAAGUCUGCAUAAUAUCAGUCACACAGCAUCAAGCCCGUUGAAGCCGACUUACAAGCCUCUUAUUAGCAUAUGAACCUUCCUCCCGCCGGAGCAAAACCCCCGAUAUCCGGGAGACAUCGGGCGGCUGUGGCGAGAUCUAUUGUUGGCGCGCCGAACAAUACACCGCCUGCGGGCAGAGAGAGAGAGAGAGAAAGAAGCCCGACGAACAGCGGCGGAAGCCUCAACCCACCGCAAGGGUACCCGGGAUUUUCGUCUCAUGACCCCGUUUCUUUACCGCCGCUCGCCUCCUCCUCCUCGUCGCCGUCGUCGUCGCACCGCCAACUCGGACCGAAAUCGCCCAGGAUACCCGGAGGGCCCGUAGAUCCUGGGCAGGGGGGCGCAGACGAAUGGGGCGAGAGUUCGCGGCGUCGGCGGAUGCCGCCACGAAUCAUCGAAUCGAUUCGCCCCCCUCCUCCCUUCCUUCCUUCCUCGGCGGUUCGGCGGGCGGUGAUGGCGGUGGCGUCGCGCCGCCGCCGCCGCCGCAGGCAGUGAAAGCCGAUUGAUUCCGCGCGCCCCACACACGGCAAAAAGUGAAAGUGCAGGGCGGCGCGGUGCGAGUUUUUUCCACCACCCCACCACCACCAACGUCGGCAAGGAAGCCCUCCAGCCACACAACGCAGGGCUUUCACUUUCGUCGAGAGCCGGUUCACAUUGCCCCCGCAAGCGUCGUCGACGGCCGACCGGACCAAACGUGGUGGCCUCGUGGGCCCAGUGCGAACGGGCGUACAGGUAGAGUCUUCAUGGGGUCGCCGCUGCUUGAACUGUCUUUUAACGGCUCGAACGGAUGUUAGAACGCAUUAGGAGGGGUUUUUUGAGUAGUAGGGACCUUGGAGGGCGCUGUGGAUGAGUUGGCUUGGUCUGGGCCAGGCUAGGACAAGCGGAGAAGCUGAGGUCCAGUGUUGAUGUGGACCCAGCUGACUUGGCGCUGACAUGACACAGUUAUGUACUUGGUUUCUUCCUUUAUUAAACCUGUGUCGCUGUAGGAGGCAUGGAACAGUUUUCUCGAGUUUCAAUUGCCUUGUAAGGCCUUGAAAAGUCCUUGGCAAAGUUUGGGCUGGAGUAAGACAGUAAAGGAUUGAUACAGGUGUCGUAAGACGUGGUAGCUAACAUGUGUCUGGCUAGUAACCAAAAAAUAUUUUAUUUUGCUUGACGGUAACAUUGGAACGGCCAAGCUAACUUUAGCAUGACUUGAACAAGGCCCCACAUUGUCCUAAAAAAAGAAUCGUACAAUCCGUCCCUUAGAUCCGCGUAGAUCAAGUCAUAAACUACAAAUGCCGCCUUCCCAGACCCUCUAUCACUCCGUCUCAACCGUCUUUCAAUCUGAUCUCUCUAACAACUCCUACACUCCGCGCACUCAUCGAAUUCACCGCACCCUUUGCAGGACCUCAACAAAAUGCAGCCCACGGCCAUGGAGAACUGCCAGUACUACCAGCAGAACAUGUACGACUACAUGAACCAUCGUCUGAUCAACCCCAACUCCCACUUGUAUUAUAACUUCGCCACCGCCUCCACGGCAAACGUGCUGCAGCCGGAAUGGCGACCCAUGGAGCAGUAUCAGCAGUUCCAGCAGCAGCAUGGCCAUCAGCAGCGGACGCCCAGCUCAUCGUCGAUACAGUACCAUCAUUCGCAUCAGACGGUAAGUGGGAGGGUGGGGAAGGAGUGUUAAAUUGGUGUGGAUGAUAGAUCAGGGCGGUUGAGGGCUUGGGGAGAGGUUUUUGGAUUUUUGAGGGGGUGGGGUGGGGUGGGGUGGGGUAAGUGGGGACCAAGGUUAAAUUAGCGGUAGGUUUAAGGGGACCAAAGUUGAAUUAUAGUAAUGUAAAGUGAUCUAGGUGAUAGGCGAUGGAGGAUGAAGCCUUCAGGAGGAUUUUUUUUUAUUUUUAAAAAGUAGGGCAAGGGGGGACCAAGUUAAAAUGGAGUAGAAAAUGAUGCGGAAAAUAGUACUGAUGAUUUGGUGUGGGAAGACGAGGACAUCAGGAGUAUUUUUUUUUUUGAUUUUUGGAAAAGUAGGGUAAGGGGGGACCAAAACAAAACGUUGGUUUGAAAAGAGGUUUUAAUGCAAAAUCCAGGCCAGAUUAGGGAAAGGAGUUGAUUAAAAAGCAAAAUAAAAAAUUUGGGCAAGAGGGGACCGAAAUUGAAUUUUUUAGAGAAUUUUUUUGUGAGUUUUUUUCUUCUUUGGAGACAAAGACUUUUCAUGUUUUCUGAGCUCAAAUUUCAAAAAAAAACAUUUCAAGUCAAAAACAAAUCAUUUUUACCCUCAACAAGACCCUGUACCUUAUUCUUGAUCAUUAAAUUUCCAGGAAAAUGGCCAAACCCACGCCGACCAGCGGAUAUACAAGAUGGGCGGCUCGGAGCUCCUCUCACCCGUCGACUCGGGCAUUGACGGAGAGAUUGGCCAACUCCUGGACGGGAGCGUAAUAAAAAGCGAAUUUUUCGGCCAACCCACCACCGUCGUCCAAUCGCAGGGCACCCCGGUCAGCGUGGACCUAAGCUCCGGGCCGCUGUCGAUGGAGCGGCGAGAGACGGCGAACUCGCAUCGAGAAAACUCACCUAUUAUUAUUCCUAAAUUGUAAGUUGAUUUUUUUUCAAUUUUUUGGGAUUUUUUGGCUUUUGACCUUUUUUUCUUCCCUUGGUCCCCCCUGUUCACUUUUUUGGACUAAUUUUUCUAUUUUUUUUUUAUUUAUUUUUUUUUUCAAAAUUUCAUUUUUUUUUUUGUGUUUACUGACAUUUCUUAUACUAUUUUUGAUCAUCACAAGCAAUCUUAGGUAUUUUGAAAUUACGAAAUUUUCGAUUUUUUUCUUCCCUUGGUCCCCCCUGUUCAUUUUUUGGACCCAAAAAAAAUUUUUUUUUUGAUUUUUUUUCAAAAUUUCAAUUUUUUUGGUGUCUUUAGUCUUUUAUUACUCUACUUUUUACCAUCAUAAGUUAUUUUCAAACUUUUUGAAAUUUCGAAAUUUCCGAUUUUUCCCCCCUUGGUCCCCCCUGGUCAAUUUUUCGAAAAUUUCCUUUUCAUUUUCCCCCCAUUUAGAAACCAUUUUCAAACCGUUAAUUUCGUUUUAAAUUCCGCCAUAUAAGGGCUUUAAUGGAUAGCAAAGAACCUAUAGAUAAAUCCUCCGAUUUUUAUGUCGAUUUAUCGCCACCGUUUCUCUCGUUUUUUCCAUUAUUCUGGAGCCGGAACUCCCCGAAUUUCUCGGAAAUCAGAUUCCUUUUGCGCCUUAACAAUCAAAGCCCCCGGGGAAAUAAAACAACGCUCAAAACGGAGAUUUGAGUUUAUAGUUUUUGUUUCUUUUUGGCGAAAUUUGGAUUAAAAAAGAUAAAUGAGGAGCCUCUGCAAAGGAUGAACUAAAAUUAUGGGGCAUAAUAUACGGCCGACAACAGAUUAACUAUUCAAAGGUCUUAUUCAGGGACAUUUUAUACGAAAACAUGUUUCAUCGUAUAAUAUGUCCAUAAAGUUGCCAUUCCAAAAUGAAUCGUUGGCAUUCUGCAAGGAAUUAAUUAGUGACCUACAUAGAGAUACUGUACAACAUUUUUUUACGAAUCUGGAGACGUUUUAUACGAUCAAACAUGUUUCAUCGUAUAACAUGCCCUUUGAACAAUUUUUUUUGAAUCAAAGUUUGGCACUUUGUUUGAAAUUAAUUAGUUACAAAAAUAGAGUUACUGUAUAAUACUUGAAAGGAAUCCGAAGACGUUUUAUACGAUCAAACAUGUUUCAUCGUAUAACAAGUCUUUUGAAAUAAUUUUUUAAAUAAAUUCCCCAUUUUUUCAGACACAACCAAUUGGGCUUCCAAUAUGUCCUGGAGACGGCGAUAUCGACCUCGAUUCGAAAAGAAGACGACCGAAUGACAUACGUGAAUAAAGGACAAUUCUACACAGUAACUCUAGAGUAUAUCCCGGAUCCAAAUCGACCACUGAAGAGUGCAACAGUCAGGGUGAGAAAUUUAGAAUAUCUUCGGACUUUUUUGGAAAAAAAAAUAAUUGAAAAUCCCAAAAAAUCUUUAUUUUUUACCCAUUUUCCUCUUCCAGAGUCAAAUCAUGGUCGUAUUCCGCGAGAACAAGCCCCGAGAAGAAGAGAUCAAGACCUGGCAACUAUGGCACAAACGACAACACUCGCCGAAACAACGAAUAUUGGAGGUGGACUCCAAAAACUCCUCCGGAAUUCUGGGCCAAAUCGAGGAAAUCGCACACAAUGCCGUUCAGUUCUGUUGGGAUCCCAGUAAUACACCGCAGGUGAGAGUUUGGGGUCAUUCAAAAAUUUUUGCACUGUGCAAAAAAAAAAAUAAAAUAAAAAAUUGUACUGUGCAAAAAUUUAAAAAAAUCUUUUAUUUUAUUUUUUGCACAGUGCGAAAUUUUUUUGUCUUUGCACAGUGCAAAAAAAUGAGAUAUAAAAUUUUGCACUGUGCAAAUUUUUUUAAGCUUGCACAGUGCAGAAAAAUGAGAAGUAAAGUUUCGCACUGUGCAAAAAUUAAAAAUAAAAUUUUGCACAGUGCAGAAAAAUGAGAAAUAAAAUUUCGCACUGUGCAAAAAUUUCACAAAUAAAUUUUGCACCGUGCAAAAAAAAAAAUAAAAAAAAGUUGCACUGUGCAGAAAUUUAAAAAAGCGUUUUACUUUAUUUUUUGCACUGUGCAAAAAUCUUUUCAAACGUGCACAGUGCAAAAAAAUAAAAUGAAAUUUUGCACUGUGCACAAAAAAAAAUAAUAAAAAAUUACUCUGCAAAAAUAAUAAUAAAAAAAAAAUAAAAAAUUGCACUGUGCUUUUUUUUAUAAAAAAAAAAUAAAUAAAAAAUUGCACUGUGCUAAAAUAAAAAAAUGUAAAAUAAAAAAAAAAUUCUUUUAUUUUAUUUUUUGCACAGUGAAAAAAAAAAUUAAAAAAAAUAUUGUCUAAAAACUUUAUUUCAAAUUUUAUUUUCAGAUCAGCAUAGCUUUCCAAUGCUUAUCAACAGACUUCUCCGCCCAAAAAGGAGUGAAAGGCCUUCCUUUGCACGUUCAAAUCGACACAUAUGAUGAUGAAGAUUCUAAAGUGCCUUUUCAUCGAGGUUAUUGCCAAAUCAAAGUUUUCUGUGACAAAGUAAGCUCAUUUUUCCUAUUUUUUGGGGACUAAACAGUAAUUUUUUAACAAAAAAAAAAUUUUUUUUAUUACAAUAUCCAUUUUUUGGUCAAAAAAAUAGAUUUAUUGUAAAAAUCCGAGUUUAAAUUAAUUUUAAAAAUAAUUUUUCUCUUAUGUAGGGUGCGGAGCGCAAGUUUCGAGACGAAGAAAAGCGGCAACAGCGCCGAAAAGCUGGAGGUAAAUCUUUUGCAAAGAACAGCUAGAAAGUACGCUUAUAAGGGAAGGUUCGAGAAUCAAAUUUUUUAAAAAAUCGGGAUUUUUAAAAGCAAAAAAUCGCAAAUUUUUUUGGAAAAACUUUUAAAUUUUUUUGAAAUUUUUGUGAAUAACUUUUUUCUUGAAAAAAAUUGGAAAAAUAUAAAAAUUAAUUUUUUUUUUCAUUUUUUAAUAACGAUUUUUUAUCAGAAAAAUUUAGAAAAAAUCAUUUUUCAUGGCUGUUUUGAAAUUUUUGGCGACAAAUUUGUCCAUAGAUCUUAUUCGGAGACAUUUUAUACGAAAACAUGUUUCAUCGUAUAAUAUGUCCAUAAAGUUGCCAUUCCAAAAUGAAUCGUUGGCAUUCUGCAAGGAAUUAAUUAGUGACCUACAUAGAGAUACUGUACAAUAUUUUUAACGAAUCUGGAGACAUUUUAUACGAUCAAACAUGUUUCAUCGUAUAACAUGCCCUUUGAACAAAUUUUUUUGGAUCAAAGUUUGGUACUUUGUUUGAAAUUAAUUAGUGACAAAAAUAGAGUUACUGUACAAGACUAAAAAAGAACCCAAAUACAUUUUAUACGAUCAAACAUGUUUCAUCGUAUAACAUGCCCUUUGAACAAAUUGUUUUGAAACAAAGUACCAAACUCGCACGCAAAAAAUAAAAAAAUUUUUGGCCAUAGAAAAAUUUUCUCAUAGAAAAUUUUUUUUUUUGUAUUUUUUUCUCCAAAAAAUUUUAAAAAAUUCAAAAAAUCCCAUUUAAAAAUUUUCCAAAAGAAAAAAAAAAUUUUGUAAAAUCCCUUUAAUCGAACCUUCUCUUCCUAACCAACCAAUCGCUUCAAGCCGCUGUUAACAAUACUGCUCAUUGUUUUAUUGUCCGUCCAUCGAAAAAUCCCGAAAUUAGGAGUCAAAAUUUGGGGGAAAAGUGAAAUGAAUUUCCCGACUAAAACGUUAUUCGACAUUUUAGGGAGCGAAUCGAAAAAUGUUGCAUGAAACUCGACGGGACGAAAAAAGAAAAGGUAUUAAACGUUGCCCCUUUUGCACCGACUUCUCUUGCUCUAAUUUCCAAAAAUUAUGUGGGGUGGUCCAAAAAUGGCUUUCUAAUUUUUCGUCUAGCCCUCUUAAGGACUAUUAGGAGUAUUAAUAAGGCCAAAAAAGGUGACAAUUUUCAAGCGAGGGAGGUUUAAGGUAGAAAAAUGGCGAAAACCCCCCAAAAAUUUUAAUUUUUUCCGUUUUCGAUAUAAAUUUCUUCUCUAAAUUUUCCAAUUUUUUUCUAGAUAGCUCUAGAUUGGGUCUAUCUAUAGUCUGCAACAAUCUCCCAGCCUUCGCGUUACUAUUACAUAGAGAAAAAACGAUUUUUUAAUCGAAAAACGAGAAAUUAGAGCAAAUUCUCAAAGUUUUCGAUUUUUGGUCCCCUCUUACCCUAUUUUUUGUUAAAACUUGUUCUGGAAUAGAAAAUAGACUCUCCAUUUAUACUAUCAGUUGCAAUUCUAGCUCCCUAAGAAACCGUUUUUACAACUAUUUUUCAAAAAAUUUAACAGGUCCCCUAAAAUAAUAUAAAUUGAUCCCCAACCUCCCAAUUCGCCCCCAGCCCCCCGAAAAAUCCCAGAAAUUUCUCCUAACGCCCUCCAGCACCAGCCCCAUUAACCUCCGCACUAACGGCUUCAAUUUUCCUAACCCACUAACCUCACUAACAUUGCACUCGACUGCCUCUAAUAAUCGAUUUCCCUUUUCCGAUUUUCAAGGAGGCGGCCGAAAGAAGUCGGACGGGGAGUAUCACGAUCCCUGCGAGCGCUCCGAAUUCUACCAUAUGAGCGAUCUGGAGCGACAGGCGGUGCUUUUCGUGCCCACGGACGACUUUGACGCGCAAUUUUUCGUCGAUCCCACCGACUUUGGCACGUUGGACAUCACGGAGCCGGUCGUGAAACGGCCAAGGAUCGUGGAAAGAGGUGAGCCGAAAUUCGUUAUGAUUUUUAGUGAUUAUUCCACACAAAAAAGCAAAAUUUUGACUAAAAUACCAAAAUUUUAAAUUUUAAAUUUUUUGAAAUUUAAAAAUUCAAAUUUUUUCGACGAAAACUAAUUUUUAUGAAGGCUCAUGGGAUUGCCAAUAGCUUGGCGAUUUUUUACGAGCGAAAAAAGUCAAGAAACAGACAAAAAAAGGGGUUUGUCUGACCGUCUCUCCUCAUUUUGCGUACUCUCUCAGAAAAAAGAAAGCGGAAUAUCUCCGCUGCGGGGGCAAAAGGAGAGCUCAAAUUUUUAGCGAUUCAUAUGUGUAUUUAGAGUCUGUAUGGAAAAUUUGAAAGAAUAAGCUAACUUAUGAUACCCACUUUUUGACAUUUUUUCGAUUUUUGAUUUUUUGAAAUUUUUCGAUUGAACAUGUUCGGACAGUAUACUGUAGUAUGUCAGAAAAGGCUUUUUAACCCUUUCGGUACAUUUUGUAAACAUUUCUGAAGUUUUUUUUUGAUUUCAAAAUUUUUCAAAAAAAAUCACCUUGGUCCCCCCUGUUCAAUUUUCAAAACAAAAAAAUCGCCUUGGUCCCCCCUGUUAAACUUUCAAAACAAAAAAAAUCCCCGGCAAUCCCAUGAAUCUGUAGGCCUUCGUCUUUGACCGCCCUGUUUCCAGAACAACCGCACCCCAGCCGCCUACUGAAUGACUGUUUUUCAGUGAUGAUCUACGUGAAGAAGCACGAAGAAGAGGUGUACACCCCUCUCCACCUUGCCCCGCCCACCCUGAACGGCCUCUACAACGCGCUGUAUCAGAAGUACAACCUGGACGAGACGAAGAUCACGCAAGUCCUGAAGAAGUGCCUGAAAGGCGUCACCGUCAAGGUGGACGACGACAUGAUCCGACAUUACAGCAAUCAGGACACCUUCAUCCUGGAGGUGGACCCGGCGCCCGCCGACCCCUCCUACUACACGGUGACUUUGGUGGAGAUUUUGGUGGGCGGAUCACACGGAAUGGUGAAUCGACAGUGGACCCCACAACAUUGA